CAGCAAAUCUUCAACGGUCAGAGCGGCUAAGGAGUUUUCAGUCUAGCGCAAAGAUCUGUAAACAUGGCUUCGAAAGUGCUACAGUACUCAGCAGAAACCCCUUCAAUUAUGGAUCCAAUUGAUCUCAAAAACAAAAUGAACGAUUCGAUUCUAAAUAGCGAGGAAAUCACCGAUGAUGAGGCUAUGGAAGAUGUUACACCGUGCUCUUCCGCGAAGAAGAAAGCAGUGUCGCGCAAGAAAAUGUUUGGAUCACAAGACGAAGAAUAUGAUAAAAAAUAUUCUGACUCAGAGGAUGACGAUCUAAGUGACACGACUUCGUGUAAAGAUGGCGAAGAAAACGCGGUAGCGAAGAAAAAGAGGAAAGCCAGUACCUCUUCGGUUGACAAUGAAGAUAAUAUUACCCCAUUAAAACAGCCUAAGACAGAAAGGGAACAAAAGGUUAAAAGAAAAUUAGCUCUUGGACAGCUGGUCCAUAACAGAAAGAAUCAACAGAAGGGGAUAUUGAGCAAGAAUGUUGAUGCUGCAGACAGUUCAACCAAAGAAUCUGAGUUCAGUGAUUCAGAUAGCAGAAGCUCUAGGGAUGAAUCAGACCUUGACGGGUUUGUUGUGGAAGACUCCCAAAGUCAAGACUUGGUGAAUGGUUUACUGGAAAAUGAUGAAGGAUCUGAAGAUGAGGCAGAUCUUAAGGAUUUUGUUGUAGAUGAAGACUCCGAAGGUCAAAACUUGGUAAACAGUACAGUGCCUGCUUUUACCAUGGCUUCACAUUUGUUGCUCGACGAGGACCAAAAAUUUGGAAUGCUGGUUGAAAGUCUCUUAAGAAGCAUUGUGGAUGCAUCACAUGAAGGAGAUGAUGAUGAUUUUAAGAGGGCCCAAACACAUUGGGAAAGAUUGAUAAACACUAAAAAAGAAAGUCAAGUGGGAAGCGACGCAUGGAGAGAUUAUAAAGAAAUGUUGAUGAAUUGUCCGGUGGUGAAAAUCAUACCUCUCACACAAACAUUAAAGGGUAAAUGUGAAGCAUGUUUGUUGCCUCGAUCUCUGACACAAUGUAUGGUCUGUUAUGAAGAGCCUGAUGGAGAGGUUAAAAAGGAAUUUCAAGUUGGUUGCUUUUGUGCGGAAAGAGGGUCUCUCUAUCAUGAACUUCACCAUUACAAGCAGCACCUGAAGGAAAGUUGCUCUGAAAAGAUAAACAAGGUGCGACGCGAGGCAGGAAUUCAAGCGCCCGAAGAAAUUGUUAAAAAGUGUCUCGAUGAUGAAAAGUGGCUGGAUUUGCUGUUUAGUAAUUUCCAGUCAACUUUGAAUGCUGCCGAUAGAUGGGCAGUUGAUGGAGAUAAAGCACUGGCCAUGAAGAAUUAUUGUAAGAGUUUUGUCAGUUAGGCAUGCCGUGCUUACUGUUCACACUUGUGUAACAAGAGGUUUUCGAUUCAUCUGGUAAACUGACGAUUUUGUCUCCUUGAAGAACUGAGUUAGGUUUCUAGUUGGGUGACCCCGAAUCAUAGAUUGAUUAAGGAACAUUUGCCAAUUUUAAACGAUUUUAAUGCUCUCACAUUGCCUCAAGGGUAGAAAUAACACCACACUUUCCCAGCUUUAGUGUAAUGAUAGGAUUUUUAGUAAUCAAGUUUUUAUGCUAGCGCUAAAAAUAUAUAUAAAAUUCAACGUAGAAACUGCGAGAUUAUGCUAAGUUCAGCAAUGCAUAAAUUUUACCAGUUCCAAAAAAAUCAGCCGUAAACAGUUGUUAUUAGAUCAUAACUGUAAUUAGUGUUAAACUGAAACCGUCAUCUGAGCUUAUUGAAAGCGAUUAAUCUUGUAAAAGGGGAAAUUCCUGUUGAGCCAAUCGUUGUAGUAGGUUACGUGAUCCUUUAGGUAAUUCAUAGCAUUACCUAAUCCUUUGUACCUUGGGCUUAAAUAGAGCUGUUUUGUAGAGCUUUCUUUGGUCAAAAGUGGAAAGGAAACAGUCAGCUGAAUGGUGCUUGCAGAAUAAAUCUACGUUGGAGCCGACUUUGUUGUUGGUAGUCAUUGUCU